AUGAGCAAAGGUCACGGAAGUUCACGCGAAGAUCUCGUUCUUACCCUCUCGCGAUAUUUCCCGAGUAUCGGAGCUAUGGCAAUAGAAAACACAACGGGCAACAAUGAUUUCGCGACGAUUUACACAAGAGACGGUCUGGCCAAUGACUCGUGCCAGGAAUAUGACAGUGCCCAAGCAAGGGUGUUUAAAAUAAUCGUCAUCGGGGAUUCAAAUGUCGGAAAGACGUGUCUGACUUACCGCUUCUGCGGUGGUAAAUUUCUCCAAAACCCCGAGGCUACGAUCGGAGUGGAUUUCAGGGAGAGAACCCUGCAACUUGAUGGAGAAAACAUAAAGCUGCAGAUCUGGGACACGGCGGGACAGGAGCGCUUCAGGAAGAGCAUGGUGGAGCAUUACUACCGAAACGUCCACGCCAUCAUCUUUGUGUACGACGUGACCAGCCUGGCUUCAUUCGAGAGCCUGCCGGAGUGGAUCGAGGAGUGCAGCCGCCACUCGGUCCCUCCCAUGGUCCCCCGCAUCCUAGUGGGGAACAAAUGUGACUUAAGGGAGGCGAGAGAGGUGUCCACGUUCUUAGCUCAGCGGCUGGCUGACAGCUACAACUUCCCGCUUUUCGAGACGUCUGCGAGAGACCCUGCGGAAAAAGAGCACGUGGACGCCAUUUUCCUCACGCUGGCCUACAGGCUGAAGAAUCACAAACCGCUGAGACUGAAACAGCCGAGUGAGAGCAGCUUCUUGCAGCUCGCCGGAGGACAGGAGCAGAGCUCGCCCUGUCUAUGCUAAUGCACUUCGGCGCACGCAAUAAUUUAGGAUGACGUUCUGUGCGAAGUUAGGACAGAAAGAGCGAUUGGGAGAUGAUGCAGUACGGUACACGUCUGUAGGAUUGCGCUCGGUGUGUGUGCACUUUACAGAUUUCUUUGGAAGCAUAAACCGGUGGUUUUGUUUAGUUGAACCAAAUGUUAAGCGGCGAGGGAUGCGGCUUAUAAUAAUGUCUUAUUACUACAUAUUAUUAUUUAAGAGUGUUAUUAACUCUCCAGAAAGAUUCGGGAGAGGCCGUUAUAUUAUUUUCAGUCUGUAAUAACUUUGCAUGUUGUUUCAGUGUUAUAUUUAACGGUUAUGCAUAUAUCACGACAAUUCCACAUAUAGGUUGCUGCUGGCAAGGCGAUCUUUGGGCAUGCCUGACGUAUCAGAAAGGACACACUGGUGCCCAUUAGCGUGCACCCAUACAGAUAAAUCACUAUGCACUUAAUUCUAAAUUCUAUAUCAAUUCAGCACAUAUCUAAAUUGAAGGCGGGCUGAAUUAAAUGAACUGCAGCUGUUAAUGGCUCCAUCAUCCUAAACACUCGAUGGCGCCACUGUCAAAGCAUUCAGAGCAUUAUUUUGAAAUAAAAGAGAUUAAAAACAAUCGGAAACACACUAUAAUAAAUGAGAGCACUUACAUACCAACCUCAGCGUGAAUCGCAGUAACAUGCAACACAUCAGUGUUUUUUUUUUUUUUUUUUUUUUUUUUGCCUUCUUUUACAAUCAGUGCGUCAAUUAGACUUUGAAAUGAGCUAUUUUUACUAGUUAUGUUUUUACUGACAGCAAAGCAAUAGCAUUUGGAAAACGGGGACUGCAUUGCACUUUAAAUUGAGAUUGUGUCACGUAUAAUUUGUUGCGCUCGAGAGAUCAAUGUCGUCGUGUUUGAAAACGAAUAUGAAAAUAAAACGCGCGAAAAUAAUGGAUCGGUUUUGCUAUGUAUUGCAAAUAACAGCUGCGGUCGAUCUGGGUCUGGAAAAAAGAUCCGGGCAUUCAGCAAAUCUCUGUGAGCAGUUUUGUUUUGUGAACCGAACGGAUCUCGCCCUCUCAGAGAGCAAGUGUUGUUUUUGCCACCUUCCGUGCGCACUUAAACCCUAAAGUCAGCAGGCAAGUGCAGCUGCAGACACGCGUCUUGUUUUACCAUGUGUCUGCCUGCUAACUCCAACAGCAGAGGUGCGAAGAACCCACAGCCCCGCUAAAAACAACCAAAACAAGCAGG